AACAACAUCAAAAAGUAUGAAGAAAACGAAAGAUAAUUUGAUAACAAAACUCGCCUUGAGAGAAGUAAGUUCUCGCUGUUGAACAUCAUACUCUUUCAUUUGGAUAAAUGACCCAUUAUAUUUCCUUUUUGGUAGACAAGAGGGAAUAUGCAACCGCAUUUGCGCGGUAAUCGACAACGCUUCUUCAAGAAAUAUCCUCAGCGGUUUUGUAUUCCACUGGCAAAUAUACUGGACUCAAAUGGCGCUAUAAAGAAAGGGUAGCUAUAUUAUUUACAUAUAUCAUAAGAAAAGCUAUGUUUUGUUUCUAAUUUGUUAACUUUGAACGUCUGAACCGGAAGAAUGGACACACAAUUGAAUUAAAGGCUUGUGUGUUUUAACACAAAAAAAUCUUCAUAGUCCUCGGUUUCUUAUCUAUUCCGGGGUAUCCAAUCGAUGAAAUCGAUAAUCGAUGACAAUCGAUAUCAAUCAAUACCAAUAGAUAUUAAUUAAUUGAUUGAUACUGAUAAUCGAUGACCAAUCGAUGGCGAAGGUUCGUGUGGUUAUCGAUUGGUAUCGAUUUUCGAUAACAGUCGAUAGUUAAACACUUCAUCGACGUUCACCUCAAAAGAGCGAAGAUGAUUGCCUUUGAUGAUGCACCUUAUAUUCAGUAAAGCCUCCUCCCCAACUUUUUGCGUGGACAUUAUGACGUGGAAAGACAAGUGGGUAAUUCAAGUACAUGUGCGACCGGGUAUGUUCUUUGCAUUGAGAAGACUGGAUUAGAAUUUCAUCCCCAGGGCUUCCUAAAAAUGGCGGAUGAUCGGACAGGAAGCGUGCUUGACGUCUGUUCGAGGUUUCUGUGCCAAUUGAUAGCAAUCGAUGAAAGGUUUUUGUGUGGUUAUCGAUUGAUCAUUGAUUGACCGAUACCAAUCAAUACCAAUUAAAUAAUUUUAUUGAGUGAUAUCAAUUGAUCGAUUGGUUUUUUAAUCACUGAUUUCCAUCGAUUGGAUACGCUGGGUAUCUAUGUCCGGGGGAACUUGAUUACAUGCAGCACCUUUGAAUAUACUCCCUGGUCUAUAUGUGCUUUUCACAAAGCAAAAGUUGAUUACAUGUGCAAUGUAGCACCUCUGAAUAUAAUCUGUGGUCUGUAAUUAAAUAAGGCCUCUAUACAAGAUGCACAAAGAAGAAGCUCACCCUCCACCUUUCAAAUGUAUAACUUUUUGAUUCCACCACAAAUAAUAGACCUCUUUAGCUUGUAUGUUUGUCUUUGUCUUUUCAUAUAUAAUGGGUAUAUACACAUGUCAAUAAGACCAACUUAUUUACAGUCGCACCUCGCUAUUUCGAACUUAGUUUAUUCGAAGUCCCCGCUAUUUCGAAGGAAGAUCGAAUGCCCUUGGAUUUACCCUUCCCCUUUACGCUUCCCUGGUUAUUUCGAAGCCUCGCUAUUUGGAACUUUUUUCCAUUUCCCUUAGGACUUCGAAAUAGUGGGGUUCGACUGUAUCUGAAAGAAAUAGUUCUCAAGAGUGUUAUCACAUGUCGACCUUCAUUGAAAAGAUAAAACAUACAAACUAAAGAGCUCUAUUGCAGUGCAGAGGAGUGAACCAAAAUAAUGCUGUGCUCAUAUUUCUUGACUUUGAUACUGAUUUUUACUUUAUAGGCAUGUUAUUCUUGGAUUUACCAAGAAUGGCAGAUACCUAGUAUCCUAUUCUUUGAAAAUUGAUAACGAUGACAGUAGUCCUCUUCUAUGUUACGUAUAUUCACUUCAUUGGUGGGAGUUUAAUCAGCACAAGCCUUUAGUUGAGGUAAACCACCUUCUCAUAUUAUUUACAGUCAGGGCAGGUCAAGCGUACCCCCCAAAAUUCCAUUAAUGAAUUUAUUAUUCAAAAGUUGAGUCCGUUGGCAGUUGCAGAUUUCAGAUUCAUCUCUGCAUUCAUGCAUGUGUCAUGAGCCAUGAAUUUACACGUGAUUCAGUUAAGAAAUUUCUACCAGGUCAGUUUCCCUGAACUUGAUGUAAAUGUCUUCCUAGAAUUUUAAUCCAUUCAAAGAUUUUCAAUCUGACCAAAUAUAGAGAAGUUCUCGUAAAAUAUUCACUGCUCAUUACACACGCAAUAAUUCCGAUUGGAAUUUGACACUAGUUCUGGGAACGACUAACGGAUCAUUUGUCAAAUAAUCAAUUCAUUAAUAGAAUAUUGGGGGGUAUGCUUGACCUGUUUUGACUGUAAGGAAGUCUCCAGUCUUAAAAGAUUGUUGCAAAGCUGAAAGCCUAGGAAUAAUUGGCAAGUCUUAUUGUGAUUUUGCUCUAAUUAGAGAUAUAGUAGUCUAUCCAUACUUUUUCCUCUGUCAUCAUUAUAAUUAUAUUGCUCUGUCAUCAUUAUAUCCUUGCUCCCUUGUCUAUGAUAAUUUUGUUGAUAUUGAAUAUUAUUAUUAUUUUCAUUCUCAGUUUUCAUAUUUUCUCAACAUUGUUUAUGACUUUUGAGAUUUUACAUGUCAAAUUUGCCAGUGAUCCACCUUAAGAACCUGGGGUGAUUCUCAAUUCCCAUUUUCUCCUGGACCCAGGUUAACCCUUUAAGCCCCAGUAUUCACAUACAAAUUCUCCAAACUGAUCUCCAUAAAUUUCCUUAAAGAAUGAGUUGAGAGAAUUUGAUAAAGGAUCAAGGCAUUUUUACUUGGGUGAUAAUUUUAUUAAUUCUCAUAACUUAUCUGUUGACAAUGUAUGGAUAUUGUUAGGAGAAAAUAAUUGAUCUUGGUCGCUAUUGGGACUUAAAGGGUUAACAAAUAAGUUUUAACCUGGAAUCAAAGGUAAUCUGUAAUGUACUUACUACAGCUUUAUGUAUAUACAAUUUUGUAAUGAUGCUUUUAGGCUUAUUAAAUAGAGGAUAUUACAUGGCCACGCAAUGAUACAAAAUUUCUCUUCAAGUGUUGAAAAAUAUUUCACGAGUGAGCUCAGUGAACGAGUGAAAUAUUUUUUCAACAUGAGAAGAGAAAUUUCGUAUCUUCAAGCAGCAAAUGUAAUGUUCUAUUUUGUAUAAACACCAAUGAAAUACCAAACGAUUUCACUUUAAUAGUUUUUUGGUGUGAAAGGCGUAUGCAGCCAUAGCAAUGGUGAUAUUUUCACAUGUGACAUGCGAAAGCUCACCUGGUAUUUCAUUGGUGUUUAUAUAAUAAUAUCACUUUUCUAAAUGAAGUAAAGUCAUUUGUUGAUUGCUAUUUGUUCUUUCUAAGGUUUUUUCUGUGACGUUAUUUGAUAAAGAGGAAAUACAUCAAGACCUUCAUUUAAUAGUUGCUGAGAGCCAAGAUGAAUCAACAUUUGUGGUCUAUGGUCAAACGUAUGUACCCACAAUAACAAUGCCUUUGGGGCUGUUUAUGUUAAUACCGGAAUGACUUUCAUUCCAGAAUAAGUUUUGUUCCAGAGUGAAGUUCAUACUGCAAUCAGAUGAAGAAAUGAACUAGCUUAACUCAGGGUGUCUUCACACCAGAUGUUGCCACUUGUCCCAGACUACAUGAUUUUUGAAUCUGGAACUAAGUUCAGUUUCAGUUUUCCUGAUACCAGAGUGAAAUUUCGUACUAGAACGAGAAGUUCAUUCAGUUUGAAAACCGGAAUGAACUCAUUCCAGAAUGAAUUGUAAGGGAACAAAAUUUCGUGUAAUUUAAGGAGAUAGAAUGAACUCGUUUCAAAAUAAAAUUCAUCCCGGUAUCAUACACCCUUGAUUAAAGAAAACAAACAAUAGCUUUGAUUACUGCAUGCCUCAUCUACCUGUUACCAAAUAAUAAUUGUUAUCUCCUCUUUCUUUUCUGUUAUUUGUUUGUAAAUAUUUGUUUUUGCUUGUUGUUGUUAUUUAUACUAGAGCUACAUUUGCACAUACAUUGCACUAAUUUUUUUCUCGUCAUGUUUUCAUCAUGUCAGGCACUCUGUUAAAGAUGACUAUGAUCAAAGUCACCAGUGUUAUGUUACAGUUUGUGCUGGUCCCUCACCACGUCCAUGUGUUGGCUGCAAUUAUGCAUCGCUUGGCAGAGUAACUGACAAGUGUUUGAAACAUUCAUUUGUGGUUCAUUUUAAAUUUGAUCUUAUGGCACCUUUUCCUAUGUUCAACCCUUCACUAAGUCUCAAGAUGCAAGAUACAGUUCUCUUCAACACUGGGGAUUUUUUGAUGGCAUUAAAGGUCUCUGCAACAUUUAACAAAAACAGCAGCCUCGUGACAGAAAGUGUUGAUUUUUGUGGAGAUCAGCGGAAUGAAUUGUUUUGCAAGGUGUGUGAUAAGGCACCUGAUAGUAUUGCCAUUUCAAAUCAAUACUUGGCAGUCACAGAAGUUGACAGAUGUCAUGCUGCAGACAAAGAUAAUGAGAAUCAAGCAUGUGGUGGGAUAAGUGGAACACAUCAUUCUCAAACUCAUCUUGGGGAAGAUUCAAGUUCAGCUGACAGUGAAAAGACUGUGCAGGGCGACUCCAGCAUUAACGAAAUCCAUGCUGGAAAGAAACAGCUUGGCCGGCAGAAGGUAGUCCUUGGUUUUGUAAGAGAACUAUAUGAAAUCCAUGGUGAGUGCGUUAAUUCACAUCAAGUCAAUGAUAGAGAGUAUCUUUUGACUCCUCAAGAAACAUUUGAUGAAAAGGAUACUAAAGUACAUUCAGAAAUUUGUUCAGAUGAAGCAAAUGGCUCAUUAGAUGGUCAAACAAACCAGUCUAGCAACAAAAGUGAGUCUAAUCAACUGACAGAGAAAUUUAGAUCAGGUCAAACUUCUGAGCUGUCUUUUUGUAGUAAAGAUGAGACUGAGGCAACAAAGACUGUAUGUAGCAUAGUCACUGAAGUGUCCUCAAGAAGUGCUGUACAUGACAGCUUAAAAGAUUCAUCCCUUCCAGACACUGACAGUAAAAGCAAUUACAAUUUAGAUGCAGAUUAUUCCGCAAAAAUGGUUGAUUCAUGCUGUUGUGGCCGUAAUGCAGUCGUACCGACAACAAACAACAAUUUAACAUUAUCAGUACUCAAGGUAUAUGCAGACCCGGAUAAUGGUGAUCUGUGUGAACUGCCAGAUAGAUCAGAUGAGUUUGACAUGUAUGAUGGGUCACUGGCAGUCUCAGUGAAAACAUGUCAUGGCAAAACACUGAAGCAAAUUGGCAAGAUCAACCAAAGCAGUCUCAAAAUGGCACCAAGCAAGUUACAGUACCACUCAAAAGUAAGUUACCACCCUCUCACGAGGGGUCAAACGUUUUGCGCGCUAUGUGAUUCUCGUCACACGCAAUGUAAUCCCUGUAGCACAGGAUGCGAUUCUCAUAGCGCUACAAAAACUGUAAGUAUCAUGGCUAAUUUGCGAACAAAUUGGAGCUGUGCGACCUGCAGACUGUUGAGUAUAAUUUAAUGCCUUGCGAUGGAUCAACAUGACGGUAUUUUACGUAUUUUGGUAAAAAACAUAGCGCUUAAUAAACACUGCAACGCAUUAAAAACUACUUAAAAAUAAUGGAGAAGUAUUAGCUUUGCUUAUAAGUGUUUAGGAGAGACAAACAGAGCAGCAAUAGACAAGACAAAUGUUUUUUUUUUUAUUUGGUGUUUUAAACCAGCUGGUACACUGGUAAUUAGGGAGCUUUAGCAAAGACGGUGGCCACGAAAACGUAAAACAAAACAACAACAACAACAACAACAAACAACUGUGCACGUGCAUCACGCUUGGGUUACUAGAUUCCAGGGAAAUUAACCUACAAUUUAGAUUUUAAUCGAGUUGAAAUAAUUGCGAGAAAGUCUGGAAAAACGCAAACACUUUAAGAUAGUGAAGUUUUCGCUGCCGUCGCUGUUGUUGUUCCUAAAACUCCCUAUUGUUUACAGGGACAAACACUUGUUGUGCAUCAGAUGACACUUGACCUGGAACAGUGUAUCGGUGAGUUGAUCCAAGCGCAUGAUAGACUCAGAGAUUGCUAUAAAUCACUCAAAGACUAUGAUGUACAGAUACUACAUGUGUUACCAGACAGUCGCCGGGUUGUCAUUAUGGCAAGAAUUCUGGUGUACACUCGUACGAGGGAGAAGUCUACAUCAUGCGGCUUGCCAGUCAGUCCAAGGUAGGAUUACUGCAUGUACUAUGUCAUUUAAGAAAUACCUUUAUCAGUGAAAAUAUUGGCUUUUAAGAGACUGCAGUUUUGAGCUCUCUUAUUUAAGCAUGAGUUCCCCUAACCCACCCUGACCUUCACUUCAGAGUUGGACAGUGAAGUCAACUGUAGGCACGGAUCCAAACCGGUUUCCACCGUUUUACGAAAGUCGGUCAGAUUUUUCAUAAAUAACAGUUUUUCAGGUUAAAAUCUGGCCAAUUUCGUGUCUGAAUGACUCAGAAACCCAGAUAAGGUAGCUUAAGGGAGUUAAAAUCCGUAAGAAUUUCGCGGGGGUGUCCCCUAACGUUCGCCCUUGGCGCUCGUUUAGGAAGUCGGUCGCUAUUUAUCCUAGAUCCGCACCUGAACUGGGACAGUCUUUAGUUUGUUUGUUCUUUGUUUUCACUCGUAACAUACAUCAUAUAUUUCAUGAAGCAGAUUGUAGAAAGCUCAGCCAAUUAGGCUGAUGUGGAUCUGCUAUAUGCACAAAGUUAAAUAAUAUGCGUGCAAUGCACUGCUAUGAAUUAUUGUUAGAUAAAAUGAAGCAUAAAAGUACCCUCUUAAGUCAUUUAAAUCUUAAAAUCUGAAAUGUUUAAAAUAUUCCGAAGACUAGUGACAAGGAGUGAAAGCAAUCAAUUGGAUAAACCUUUAAAUAAAAAUAAUAGCAUUCCCAACGCAUUGAAUGAGAAAUUCUUUAUUUUCUUAGAGAAUCUCCAUCCUAAAAUUUGUUUAAAAUUGUCCUUAUCAAUGUAUGUGACGCAGGGAAGGGGAUCGAGGGAAAAUUUUCUGCAGGCGCGCGAGAUGUUGGAAGGCGCGCGCGAGAUAGGGAAAGAGGUGUCGUGCAUCCGAUUUUCCCCUCCCUUUGGAACACUUGCUACGCGGGCUAAUUUUUCACCAGUAUCAAACACUUUUCUUUAAGUCCCGUGUUGCAGUGUACAGGCUUCAUAUUUUCCUGGGAUCUAUGUACUGGUGGGUUGAGAAUUCUCCAAGUUCUAGAUGUUGAGGCCUACUCGGAACAGAAGAAAUACGGCAAGUUUAACAUGGCCGCCAAAGAAGCAAGGGAGCUACGGGCAAAAAUUUUCAUUCCUCAAAGCUUUUCCUCUUAUGUGCAGGCGUUUUCCAAUCAUACUGUAUUUACUGGAAAGUCGCUGAAGUAUCUAAAGCAUCCAUUCCUUCCGCUGGUGUUGGUAUUGUAGUUUUCUUCAUAGUAGCUGUUGUAAGAAAGAACGAACGAGACUUAUCCUGUUAACUUACUCUUUGUGAAGUGAUUGAAUUGUAUUUUUGAUAAUUGGAUUGCUCGUGACACUGAUUAAGUUGGGAUCGAACGGGUUUCAUAAACUAAUCAUAACAACCUUCAUUUGUGUACAGGAAUCAGUUAAUUCAGCCUACGCUCGUAAAAGAAUUAGUUUAUUCGCCUAGUUUCAACUUUUGCUUUGUUUGUUAAGGAGCCCGCAGUGGCAAGCGUACUAAAACUAACAGUUUUAAAACUAAACGGUUCAAAUUCCAAAGCACCAAAAAAGCAGGCGAGUUAACCACACCCUCUAAGACCUUGGCGCGGUGAGCGAGGGAGAGAGGACCUAAAACGGCAAAAAAUGGCCAAACAAAGUUGUUUGAUUGACCAAAAAAGGCGAGUCGACACUUUAGAGAAUUCAACUGACCG